CACACAAAUAGAGUGCAUGUCAAGAUGCAGAUCUUCGUAAAGACCCUAACAGGCAAGACCAUCACCCUGGAGGUGGAGCCCAGUGAUACCAUCGAGAAUGUGAAGGCUAAGAUCCAAGAUAAAGAAGGCAUUCCCCCUGACCAGCAGAGGCUCAUCUUUGCAGGCAAGCAGUUGGAAGAUGGCCGCACUCUUUCUGACUACAAUAUCCAGAAAGAGUCGACCCUGCACCUUGUCCUUCGUCUGAGGGGUGGUAUGCAGAUCUUUGUGAAGACCCUGACUGGCAAGACCAUCACCCUGGAGGUGGAGCCCAGUGAUACCAUCGAGAAUGUGAAGGCCAAGAUCCAGGAUAAAGAAGGUAUUCCUCCUGACCAACAGAGGCUCAUCUUUGCAGGCAAGCAGCUGGAAGAUGGCCGCACUCUUUCUGACUACAAUAUCCAGAAAGAGUCAACCCUGCACCUUGUCCUUCGUCUGAGGGGUGGUAUGCAGAUCUUUGUGAAGACCCUGACUGGCAAGACCAUCACCCUGGAGGUGGAGCCCAGUGAUACCAUCGAGAAUGUGAAGGCCAAGAUCCAGGAUAAAGAAGGUAUUCCUCCUGACCAACAGAGGCUCAUCUUUGCAGGCAAGCAGCUGGAAGAUGGCCGUACUCUUUCUGACUACAACAUCCAGAAAGAGUCAACCCUGCACCUUGUUCUUCGCCUGAGGGGUGGCUGUUAAUUCUUUUAACCUUGUAUUCACAGUGCCCAAGAUGGCAUUACUCUGCACUAUAGCCAUUUGCCCCAUUUAAGUUUAGAAAUUGCCGGUUUCAGUAAUAGCUGAACCUGUUAAAAAUGUUAAUAAAGGUUUUGUUGCAUGGUAGCAU